AAGGGAGGGACGCUUUCGAGGUAUAUAUAAAGUGGAUACGUUUUGGUCUGCAUUAUUCAGUCGACUCGAACUACUACUUCUUCAGUCAUGUUUUCGAAACUGCUCGUGUGUUUGCUCUUGGCAGCUGUGAAUGCUGCCCCUCAGGGGUAUGGGGCCCCUCCCCCUCCGUCCUACAGCGCACCCGGUGGUCCCUCGGGUCCCGUGGUUCCUAUUCUCGUCGACGUUCGCGAGGGACCUGAUGCUGCUGGGGUCUACAACUUCAACUUCGAAACUGGGGAUGGUAUCAGCCGUCACGAGCAAGGCGCCCCUCAGGGACCUGAAGGAGCAGUUGCCGCUCAGGGCGGAUGGUCCUUCACCUUCCCUGACGGAACUCCUGCCGUGUUCAACUUCGUAGCUGAUGGCAGUGGGUACAGCGUGCAGUCUGAUUUCCUGCCGACGCCCCAUCCUCUUCCCCCCCACGCCAUCGCCCAGAUCGAAAAGGCUCGACAGGAGGACGCUGCUGCCGCGCUGGAGGAGCACGUCCUCAGUACAGCGCCCCUCCUCCUCCACCAAGUCAAGGAUACGGCUUCUAAAUCUGACUAUGUCUUCUUCCUCGUCUGAACAAGAAACUGCUUUCGGGAAACGCUCGCUAGGAUAGCGUUCGUGGAAUACGCAUCCAUCUAUUCAUUCUGUAUUGAUUUAUCAUCUUAUAUCUAUGUAGAUUUUCUUCAGUCUUCUUUUCGUCUUUACGCCUUUUUUUUAUUAUGUAUAUAGAAUUUCGGACACUUGUUCCCCGAACAGAUCUCAGACAACGAAACAGUCUUGAAAGUUGACAACGAUUCUCCUCCAUUGUUCACCCUUCACCCUCUCACGGAGUUCCCAUUAAACGUUAGUUAUCUAUCUGGUCGUUGAUAUUGCAUGUCCAUUUUCUAAAUAAAGAUUCAUCUAUUU